GGAAAGAAAAGCACAACUCAGUCAACAAAAAACCAAAAAAAAGGCAAAAAGCCAAAAAAACGCAACCAUCAUUUCUCCUUCUUUUACACUUCUUCUCUUUUGGGUUUUACUUAAAAUUUUUGCUCUUUUUAUAAACACAUUUUGUUCUUCUGUUAUCCCUCUGCCAAUAAUUUGAUGGUGAUGAAAAGUGUUGGUACCAUGGGUUGUUGAGAGAAUAAAUGCUUGUUGUUUGAAGACAAAGCGAAGGCCCUAUCCUCGCACGGAGGUGAGUGAACCAAGAAGACAGUGGAGUUUCAAUUUUUUCUUCUUUUAUAUGAGAGUUAAAAUUAGUUAAAACUACAAAGAAAAAUGGGAGGGGAGAGACAGAUAGGGGGAGUGGGACUGGGUUGUUUUGUAAAGAAAAGAGCUGAGCUUUGAGAUACAAAGAGAUUACAUGCACGUGGUUCAUCUUCUGUUGGUGGCAACCGUAUAGAUAUAAAUAUUUACAUGUAGUUAUUAAAUUGGCUCACCUGUAUUUCUUUCCAGCCAAGACACCUUCAUUUUUGUUCUCACUUGUCAGUUGUCACCAUUUUCAUUGCAUUUUUUUCUCCCAUGCUUUGUUUGUUGCCCUUUUUAACUCUCCUUUUGUCUAGACCUGAAAGAACUAAAAAAAUUUGAGAUUUUUGCUCAAACCCAGAAAGAAAAAGGUGAGAUCUUUGGUUCUUACUUAUAAGUCUUUGCUUCAUUGAGGAAAGUUUGGGUUAAUAGGGGUAGCUCUGUUGUUUUUGCUGAGCAAAUGUAUGUUAAAUUUUGGAGCUUGUUGAGUUUUUGUGAGAAAGGAAGUGAAAAAUGUUUGUGUUUGGCCAUGAUCGUGAUGUUUUGUCUUUGGUACUCGAGAUUUUUACAAGUCCAAACAACAAGCUUUGCAAUUGGAAAAGCAGGAUAGGCAGAUCUUCUUUGAAUCAGAUUCUAUAAUGCCAAACGGGUAGAUUCAAUUUUCUGUGUUCCCGCUGUGUUUCGAGCAUGAGAAGGAUCCAUCAAUUUAUUGUUUCCCAUGCUUUGCUCUUCCUGAUUCUUGCUUCUUUUGGAAUCAGAAUCCUCAUCAUUUCUUUAGCAGCAACUGAAAAAGAAAUCUUGCUCCAAUUUAAAGGAAACAUCACUAAUGACCCUUACAACAGCUUGGCUUCCUGGGUCCCAAGUGGUAACCCUUGUGUAGAUUUCAGUGGUGUGUUCUGUAAUCCAGAGGGAUUUGUGGACAAGAUUGUUUUGUGGAACACUAGCCUUAAUGGACAACUGCCAGCUGCCUUGUCAGGUUUAAGCUCACUCAGAGUCUUGACAUUGUUUGGCAACAGAUUUUCAGGUAAUAUCCCGCAAGAAUAUUCAUUGUUACAAACAUUAUGGAAGAUCAAUGUGAGUUCAAAUGCAUUAUCUGGUUCUAUACCUGAUUUCAUUGGUGAUUUACCUAAUAUUAGAUUUCUUGAUUUUUCAAAGAAUGGUUAUACUGGAGAGAUUCCAUUUGCUUUGUUUAAGAAUUGUUACAAAACAAAGUAUGUCUCUUUUUCACAUAACAGUCUUUCGGGUUCUAUUCCGGGUUCCAUCGUGAAUUGUAGUAAGCUUGAAGGGUUUGAUUUCUCGUUCAAUAAUCUUACCGGUGAAUUACCUUCUCGAAUUUGUGAUAUCUCAGUAUUGAAGUAUGUAUCUGUUGGUAGCAAUGCAUUAAGUGGCAGUGUGCUCCAAGAAAUGUCAAAAUGUCAAAGCUUGCUAUAUUUGCAUCUUAGUAGAAAUUCUUUUACAGGGUUGGUACCACUAGGGGUUCUUGAAUUUAAGAAUAUUACUUAUUUCAAUGUUUCACAUAAUGGGUUCUUUGGUGAGAUUCCUGAGAUUGGAACCUGUAGUGAGACAACGGAAUUUAUCGAUGCUUCAUGGAAUAGUUUGGAUGGGGAGAUCCCAAGAAGCAUUUCAAACUGUAAAAGGCUAAAAGUUUUGGACUUGGGGUUCAACAGGCUUAAUGGGACCAUACCAGUUAAUAUUGGGGAUUUGGGAAGGCUUUUGGCAAUUAGUUUGGCUAAUAAUUCACUUAGCGGGACAAUACCAGCUGGAUUUGGUAGCAUUGAGUUGCUACAGGUCUUGGAUUUGCACAAUCUUGACCUUGCCGGUGGAAUUCCUGAUGAUAUAAGCAAUUGCAGGUUUCUUCGUGAACUGGAUGUUUCUGGAAAUACUCUAGAGGGACAUAUUCCUGAUACUCUUUACAACAUGUCAAAUCUUGAAAUUCUUGACUUGCAUCGCAACCAUCUGAGCGGAAGUAUCCCAUCUAGUCUUGGGAACUUGUCAAAACUCCAAUUUCUUGAUCUCUCACAGAAUUCACUUUCUGGUUCAAUCCCCCCUUUACUUGGGAAUUUGAAUAUGUUAACACAUUUUAAUCUUUCCUACAAUAAUCUCUCUGGUAUCAUUCCUACUGAUCAAACCAUCCAGUCUUUUGGUGCAUCAGCAUUUUUUAACAAUCCUGGGCUCUGUGGUUCCCCUUUGGCAUCCUGUUCGGGAGGUGGCACACCUUCCACGACUGGUAAAACCAUGGUCCUUAGUGUUUCUGCAAUUGUUGCCAUUGUUGCUGCUGCUGUGAUCCUUACAGGGGUUUGUGUGGUAACCAUCAUGAACAUCAGGGCACGCAAGAGUAAAAAGGAGGAAGUGACAGUGGUUGUUGAGAGCACCCCACCAGGUUCAUCCGAUUCAAAUGUUAUAAUUGGGAAGUUGGUCCUCUUUAGCAAAAGUUUGCCGUCUAAAUAUGAAGAUUGGGAAGCUGGAACCAAAGCUUUGCUUGACAAGGAGUGUCUAAUAGGUGGAGGGUCGAUCGGAACAGUCUACAGAACAAAUUUUGAAGGUGGGAUCUCAAUUGCAGUAAAGAAGCUUGAGACUCUAGGAAGAAUUAGAAACCAAGAUGAAUUUGAACAGGAAAUUGGACGCCUAGGUAACCUCCAACAUCCCAAUUUGGUUGCUUUUCAAGGUUAUUACUGGUCCUCAACAAUGCAGUUGAUUUUAUCUGAAUUCAUUCCGAACGGGAAUCUCUAUGAUAAUCUUCAUGGAUCAAGUUACCCAAGUACUAGUACAGGUGCUGGCAAUAGUGAACUAAGUUGGUCUAGAAGGUUUCAUAUUGCCCUCGGAACUGCAAGAGCACUUUCUUACCUUCACCAUGAUUGUAGACCUCCAAUUCUCCAUCUCAACAUCAAAUCAACUAACAUACUCUUAGAUGAGAGGUACGAGGCUAAAUUAUCUGAUUAUGGAUUGGGAAAAUUGCUUCCGAUUUUGGAUAAUUACGGUUUAACUAAAUUCCAUAAUGCAGUUGGAUAUGUAGCACCAGAGUUGGCUCAAAGUUUGAGAGUUAGUGAGAAAUGUGAUGUGUAUAGCUUUGGAGUAAUUCUUUUAGAACUGGUAACUGGGAGGAAACCAGUGGAGAGUCCAACACUAAAUGAGGUAGUGAUUUUGUGUGAAUAUGUUAGAGGAUUGUUGGAGAGGGGUUCUGCUUCAGCUUGCUUUGAUAGAAGAUUGCGUGGUUUUGCAGAAAAUGAAUUAAUACAGGUUAUGAAGUUGGGGUUGAUUUGUACAUCAGAGGUUCCUUCAAGAAGACCCAGCAUGGCUGAGGUUGUUCAAGUUCUGGAGUCCAUCUGAUCUGGAGUGGAACCAUAGUGAUCAAGUACCAAUGAGAUUUAAAGUAAUAUUUUUUGAGGAAAGUUCAAAGAAAUGGUAGUCUAGCUGGAAGGGGAUGUGAUUAAUUGUGCAAAAGAGACCGAGUUGCUGAUUAGGGUAAAAAAGAAUAGACAAAAAAAAAAGAUCAUUCUUUUGUAUUCAUUUUGCUAUUACCAUUAUUGAUUUGUUCCUCUAUUUGUAAUUUUGUGCAAUAAAAAGUAUUCAUUUACUUGUAUCCAUCUGCUCAGUUCUUGGGACCAGGUGAGUAAGUUCAAGAAAUUCAAACCUCCAGGAAGCCUUCCCAUUUAAGUUUACAGCAAUGGCAGCAGCACAGCAUGCAGACAGUUUCUUUUAUG